GGAGAUUUGGAGUGUAUACCAUCUACAGAAGAAAAAUAUAUUACAUUUAAUAAAAAAAUUAAAGUUGAUGAGAUUGAUAGUAAAGAAAUAACUUUUGAAAUAAGAUUUAUAGAUUCGUUUAAGUUUCUUCAAACAUCACUAGCCAAUCUUGUUUCCAAUUUAUCCCCAAAUGAUUUUCACAGUACCAAACAUGCAUUUAAGUCAAAUACUUCAUUACUAACUCGCAAAGGAGUUUAUCCUUAUGACUAUGUUUCAUCACUUAAUAAAUUAUUAGAAACGCAAUUACCACCAAAAGAGGAAUUCUAUUCAAAACUUAAUGAUGAAGACAUAACUGAUGAUGAUUAUCAACACGCAAUACGCGUGUGGAAUACAUUUGGAUGUAAAACAAUAAGAGAUUACCACAAUCUUUAUCUAAAGUCUGAUGUAUUACUUUUAGCAGAUGUAUUUGAAAACUUUAGAAAAACUUGUCUCAAACAUUACAAACUAGAUCCAGCUCAUUAUUACACAUCUCCUGGUCUAGCUUGGGAUGCAUGUCUUAAAGCAACAGGUCAACAUUUACAAUUACUAAGCGAUUAUGAUAUGUUAAUGAUGUCUGAGCGUGGCAUUCGUGGUGGAAUAACUCACAUAUCAAAAAGAUAUGCAGAAGCAAAUAACAAAUAUAUGAAAAAUUAUAAUCCUGAAAAGGAGUCUAGUUAUAUUCAAUACUUAGAUGCAAAUAAUCUUUACGGUUGGGCAAUGUCUCAAAAUCUUCCAACUCAUGGGUUUAAAUGGAUGAAAAAUAUAACAUUGGAAAAGGUGGAUGAAAUUCUAGAGAAAGCAAAUCAUAGUAUGUCAAAUCUUGGGAGAAAAGGUUAUAUAUUUGAAGUUGAUUUGGAAUAUCCUACUCACCUAUGGGAUUCACAUAAUGAUUAUCCUCUUGCACCUGAGAAGAUGAUUGUUAAUGGUGUUGAAAAAUUAAUUUGUCAUUUCAAACCAAGAAAAAAUUAUGUUGUGCAUUAUAGAAAUCUUAGGCAGUAUCUUGAGUUGGGUAUGAGAAUAACUUCUGUUCACAGAGGAAUUUCAUUUUAUCAAUCUCCUUGGAUGGAACCAUAUAUCAGAAAAAAUACUGAACUUCGAAAGACAGCAGCUAACAAUUUUGAGAAAGACUUUUUUAAAUUAAUGAAUAACUCAGUUUUUGGCAAAACAAUUGAAAACAUAAGGAAAAGGCAAAAUAUACAUCUUAUUGAUAAUCGUAAGAAAGCUGUUAAAUUAUCAAGUCGUCCAAACUUUGAUAGAUGCACAAUAUUUGAUAAACAUCUUAUUGCAGUUCACAUGAAAAAUACUGAAGUGUAUUUUAACAAACCAGUGUAUGUUGGUCAAGCAAUUUUAGAUUUAUCAAAAACGCUGAUGUUUGAUUUUAAUUAUAACUACAUUAAAGAGAAGUAUGGAAACAAAGCGGAGUUAAUGUUUACAGAUACGGAUAGCCUAAUGUUUCAGAUUUACACAGAUGAUUUUUAUCUUGAUAUAUGCCCCGAUGUAAGAGAUAAGUUUGACACUUCAGAUUAUCCUCCCAAUCAUAAAUCUGGAAUACUAACAGGAGUUAACAAAAAAGUAAUAGGGACGUUUAAAGAUGAAGUAGCAGGAAAACAGAUAACACAUUUUGUUGGGCUGCGCCCCAAACUUUAUAGUUUUAAAAUUGAAGAGGAUAGGGAAGUAAAAAAGUGUAAAGGAAUAAAGAAAAAUGUUAUAAAAAAGAAAUUAGAUUUUGAUGACUAUUUUAAAUGUUUAUUUUCAGGUGAAAAAGAAAUGAGAAAAAUGAAUAUAAUAAGAAGUGAAAAGCAGGAUAUAUAUUCAAAAGAAGUUAACAAAGUAGCUCUAAGUAAUGAAGAUGAUAAACGCAAAGUACUCUUGGAUAAAAUAAAAACGAUAGCUUUAAGGUAA